AUGUCAGGUACCAGUGAGACAGAAGUUGACAAUCAGGAGCAGGAGACUGAGCAGGAGGCAGAGGUGGAAACUCAGGAGAAAUAUACCCUGCACAUGAACACCAAGAUGGAACUCAACCUAGUGCCUUGUGCAACAUGUACGAAUCAGGAAUGCUUGUGCCACUGCUCCACUAAGGGCAUGUCGUAUUUUGAGUGCUACAAGAGGAAGAUUAAGUGCUCCCUUAUACAAGAGACAGGCAAAGGAAAGCAGAAGACUGUGCCACCUCCACCUCCACCCCUACCAGUGCUAGUUCCCAAGCCCAAACCGAAGCUAAAGCCAGUUGCAACAACUAUCCAUCCUGUCAGGGCAUCUUCAAAGGCUACACAAGUGCUAGGCCCGGCUACUAGGACUAAGAAGAUGGCUAGCACCAUCUUGAGGAAGGAGGUAGAGGAGAUUGACAGGCAGAAAAUUGAGAUAGCAUUGAAACACUCAAAACUAAAGGAGAAGACAAUAGAUUUGGAUGCCUUAGAUGCCAGCUUAGAGGAGAUUUAUUAUGAGAGAGCAGAUGAAUGUGAGGACAAAGAUGAUGAGGAUGAUAACUUUGGAGUUGGUGAUUUAAUUGAUAAAGCUCUUGUGCUGGUAAAGCAGUGCCUGGAGGUCAACAGGAUGACCAUUUCAGACUUCAUAGAACAACUGCUCCAAAGCACGGACCAGAUUCACGAGUCAGCAAAGAACAUUUUAGUGCAAUAA